AUGAUGGAAUCAUCCCGAGAGCCAGGCGGCUUCAUCCCUCCCCAAGGCGGCCUCCCCUCGCCCGCCCCCUCCUCAGCCUCGUCCCGCGCGGCCUCCAGCCUGCCGCACCCGAGAAGGACGCCGCUGCGGCCCGGCGGAAGCAAGGAGGAAAUGGUGCGGCGGUACGCCGAGGAGAAGCUCAUGACCAUUUCGCGGCGCUACGUCAAGAAGUUUGGGGGCACGCAGGAGGGAGACGACGUGGUUGGCUUUCGCACCUUUGGGGAGGUGUGCAAGGAGCUGGAUGAGGUGGUUAAUAUCCUGUGGCAAUCGGGAACUCCUAUCCUGCAGGUGCAGUUUCUGCUCAGGCUGGCCAGCGAUUUUACGCAAUACGUCCGGUCCUUCCCGCCAUCCCCCAAGGCGUCGUUUGACCUGCUGCACAAGCUGGACCACUGCUUCGCCAGCCUGCUCUGCGGGCAGGACAUUGAGACCAAGGAGACGCUCCCGGGGUUCGAAAACGGGCUGCGGAUGGGCAUGACGACGACGGACAUGGUGCGGUGCCGGAGUCUGGUGGAGCAGACGCGGUUGCUCAUGGUGGAGAUUAUGAGCAGUGGCGAGCCGGAGGAUGAGGAGGAUGAAGAUACGGAUGAGGAAGAUGAAGGGGACGGCGAUGAUGGUGAUGAAAUUGGUGGUGGUGGUGGUGAUGGUGGUGGUGAUGGUGGUGGUGGUGGCGGAGGUUGGGGAAUUCAUGAUGACGACGAUGAUGAUGACGAGACGUGUCUGGACGCUGCGCGGGUCUACCAGCAUACGAUUGUGCAGCUGGAGAAGAGGCUUGGGGAUUCGCUGGGGGGAAGCAUUGGGGGAUGGACAGCGUGA